CCCCCCGUACUGUAGCUUUUCUUGCUUUCACCUUCUUUUUCUUCCUCUCGUUCUAUUUACUCCCCAUCAACUCUCAAUCAUGAAGGUCGAGGAAGCAGAACAAGGCAGCGCAUCCCCGGAAAACGGUUCGUCCGUGUCGAGCUCGAAGAAACGAAAACACGAAGAGGCGACUCCACAGGAGAAGCAUGAAUUGUUCCUACAUUCGACUAGGAAUCCACAUCUCAAACAGGUUCGUAAACACAUAUACACACACACAAGAGCCCAUCAUCAUCACCAAUUCCGUCCCGUUCCCAACCCCGCUCUCCCAUCUCCCACCCCUACCUUGCCUCCCUCCAACAUAUCAAUAUAAAAGAGAGGGAGAGCGGGGAAGAUUGAUCAUAGUCAUGGAUGAUUGAAUCAAGAAUUAAACGAGAAAAACAAACAAACAAAGCAAAAGCACCUCUUUUUAUUUCCUCCUUUUUUCUAAAUUAUUUUUCGUUCACAGAGAGAGCUCGCCGAGUGGUUCGAGCUGACCUUCCAUAAAGCUAUCAACCAAUCUACAGUUUCGCGCAACUUGAAAAAAUUUAAGGCUAGCCUAGCACUAGCGGACGACCCAACAACCGGUAGCAACAAUCAAAAUGGCUCCCCCACGACUCCCACGCCAUCAAGGAAGCUGCAAAAGCUACAAAAGCAAGAGCAGGCCAAAGGGAAGGAACAGGCAAAGCAGCAGCAGCAAGAGGAGGAUCAGGAGAAGGAGAGGAAGGUAGACGAAACAAAAAAAUCACCAACUCAAAUUAGUGUUCCAAUCCGCUCGCCCCCACCGCUACCUACACCCCCGGUGAAGCGGGAAGACCAGGGGGUGGCUAGCUCCGCGGAACUAGACAAGGCUCUGCACGAAUGGUACGCCAAACAGCCCGACAAGUCCAUCCUGAACGACGACUCAAUAAAGGCGAAGGCGGAAGAAAUUAAUUUGCAACUGUACCCUGACGGGAAAACCCGGGAGCAGAUCACCAACGAGUGGAUUUGCUCCUGGAAGCUCAAAUACGCCAUAACCCAGCCAGGUACGCCUGUCAGUCCGGAGGUUGAAAGCCGGCGGGAAGUGGGGGAGGCGGGGGCGGAGGGAGAUAAGGAUAGGGAUGAGGACGAGGAGAUGAAGUCGGAGGGAGAUGGCACCAGCAGCACUUCUUCUACCCCUCCGUCCAGGGCGGGCGAGUCGGAGGAGAAGAGAAGGCGGAAGGAGAUCAAGAAGCUGAGGAAGGAUAUUGAGAAAAGGGAAAUCGAGAUGGCGACGGCAAAGAUAAAGAAGGAAGCAUCCCUUCGGAGGCUCGAGGAGUUGGAGAAGGAGAAUGCGGCGGCGAGAUGAUAGGAUUACCUUUUUUCUUCUUUUUUUUUCCCCUUUCUCCCCUCUUGGUUUCAUUUUCAUUUCAAUCGGCUCACUCUUGGUUUCAUAACACUCCUCGUGGUCAUUUUUUCUCUUCAUUUCAUUACUUUUCGGUCGAUGCAACGAUAUCAUAUCUUUUCUGGGAGGGAACGUAUUGUACAAUAGGGUAAAAAAAAAAGGCGCAAACGACGGGCUGGGGUUUUUCAGUCUUCCUCUUCUAACGUUCAUAUUUGUUUUACUGUUUUUGCCUCAUUUUUUGGUCUAGUUUUUUUUUUUUUUUUUUUUUUGCUUUCACUUUCCCAAUUUUCUUGUUUUUUUUCUUGUUUUAUUCUUUUACAUUUUUGCGCUUGUUUCUUUGCUUCUCUCUCUCUGAGUACCAGUAUCAAUUGCCAGUUUCUUUGCUCGCCUUCUUCCGUCAGCCGUGUCAUAUCAUCCGUCACACAAUCGGCACUGAUCCUUUCCCCC